GGCUGAGCGGCCGUAUACACAGUGUUAUUCCCGCGGUGAGUGGAGGGGGGGGUGAGUGCGUAUGAGCUGGACUUUCUAUCGCUCGUCUCGAGGCCGGUCUCUCAGUGUCCUCCUGGGCAGCCAAUCAGAUCGCAGCUCGCGAUACCCCGCUAAGGUGUGGGAGCCGGCCAGCAAGUAGCAGCGCCCGCCUCCCUCGGAUGUGUACGUUGUUGGGGGCUCUCAUACGGAAAGCCGGAGCGGCCAAUAGGGAGCGCGGACGAGAAACCGGGGGCACACGAGGAGCUGGUCUGGCAAGAGCGGGAAUACGAGCUAGCCAAUCAGCGCUCGGAGAGCUGGCACGGACCGGGGCGGCUGGACAAUGACUCUCACUAGGUGACUCAGCCAGUCAGCACGGCCGGGGGCUCCCAUCACCGACCUCCACAUCCCUUCCACGGACUGCCCUCCACAGCCAGGCCCGAUACCCGCUCCGUGCCCGGGGGCCACAGCCAGGGGGGCUACUACACCGCAAUACAGAACCAAGGAAGGGGCUCGGAGCCGGACACCGGCAUCCCUUCACUCACACAGCACUGGGAGCCACAGAUCCGGGUCAGCCGGACACCGACCUCCAUGAAUGGAAAUCGGAGGAGCCCCAGGUAAACACGGCGGGGAUAUAGGCAGCAUUAUUAUUAUUAUUACCCCCCAAUGUAUCCAGUGUGGGACUCCAGCUACUCCAUGUGUCUGUGUGAUAUUGCUAGCUGUUAUAUGGCCAGCCUGGCUGGGACCAAAUCUUAUAACUCUGAUUUUAAAGCAUGAUGAAAUUCCCAAUUACUAACUUAAUUAUGCUCCCCUUUGCUCUGGUUUUUGAUUUAGCUAAUUAACCCACUCUUUCAGGAAUAUAUAUAUAUAUAUAUACUUAGUUUGUACUUCAGAGUUCCGGGAGGAAAGUAUCUGCUCAUGGCUCAAAGAAUAGACUGGAAGAGAUACAUUUCGGUUACCAUGGUUUCCAGACUCUCCCCAAACCAGAACUCGUCUACAUCAAGGCCUAAACUUGAUUUCCAAACCUUGAAUUUGACCCCUUUAAGAUAAUUUCAAUCCCUCAUCUAAACUAUAAACGCCUAACCUUAGUUCAAACGUAACUUGAACUUUAAAGUGCUAACAUAUUGUGUUCAAUGUGUGCACAGUGCUAAGGUAUCAUUAACAAUUAAUCAAAAUCGCUUCAGUAAAACUAGGAUUGAUUGCAUGCAAACACUGCUUUACUAGCAUCUUUUGUUUGCUCAUGUCACUAAACCAGCAGUUUUUGUUAGAUUUGUCAACACUUAUUUUAUUUAUAUAUAUGUAUAUAUAAUAUUUAUAAUAUUUUCGUUAUUACUGUAGAGUGUUACAUUUUAUGUAAGUAGUUUAGAGGCUGCUUAGGUCAAUUAAGGUGCAGGCAUUUACUAAUGAAAUUAGACUUUAAAAUAAUCCUCAAUAUUUGAGAUUAUAUAUAUAUAUAUAUAUAUAUAUAUAUAUAUAUAUAUAUUUAUUAGUUUUUAAGUGAAUUCAGGAGCACUCUGUGAGCUUUCAAUUGUGUACAGUAUUCAGUUACAUCAAUGUUUUGACUCUCCUGGACGUUUCGACCCUACAGCUUCUUUUUCAAGUAUUCAGUCUCUGGCUCCCUAUUGUUUGGCGAAUCAAAAGCUUUUAGGUACAAGAAAAAACAAAAUAGCUUCUAAUAUUUUUAUUUUGUUUUGUGUCCAUCUUAUCCAUGUAUAAGUAAAUGUCUAUGAUGGCAGCUGCUAAAGAAUUUAAAUGAAAUGGCUGUGUUGGCUAUAGUUGGUAAGACUAGCAACCAAUUUGCAUGGAUAUUUGGGGCCACUGGACAGGAAGGCUCAACUAAUUUGCUAAAACUAGUCACCAAAUUUAUUAAUUCAGAAAAAAAUAAACUGCGUCAAAUAAUAAAUACUAGAUAAUCAUAUAUAGAUAUAUGUACAAAAUUAUAUAUAAAAAUAUUGAGAAUAUUAAAGAGUACCAGCAAAAAAGUGUAAAAAAUAAACUUUUGAAGAAAGUGCUUUUUUGGAGUUCUGUUUGUUAUCCUUCUUAGUGUUCAAGUAGACAAAACUUUAGUGCAGAUGAGUGUUGUUGGUGUCCCAUAUUAUUAGGGCAGCAAAGUAACAGACCCUAUUCUGCUGCCUUUGGAGUUGGCACUGUAUAUCUCCUUCUUUUUCUUGUACCAUUUAUCAAUUAUUUGAGGUGGUGGGUAUGGUGACUUUUGGUGUCACACAUUAUUGUGACUAGUUUGGUCAUUCAAAAUAAAAGUAAAGUUUUAGUAACAUUUUUAUUAGGUUGUGGAAUUAUUUGUAACAAUUAUCGUGUGUGUGUUCAUUUUCUGUAAUUGUUUUAAAAUGUAGCUGCUUAUAAAGGCUCUUUGACUGGCAAGAAGUAAAUGCCCUGUUAUACCAAGCCCUAAGUGUACAAGUGGUUUAUUAUUAUUAGCACAUAUAUAGCAAUAUCCAAUUUAUAGAAUGGGAAUAUUUAAUAACAAGUAAUUAAUAUGCAAUAUUUAAAAAGAGCUGAAAAAGGUUGUGUAUAAAAGCAGUGAGCUGGACUAUGGAAGCAAGAGUACUAAGAAAAGCAAUUGUAGUGAAGUAAAUGUCACCCAGGAGGAUAGUAGGCCUUCUUACUGAGGUGUGUUUUCAGUGACUUCUUAAAGCACAGGAGGCUUAGGCAGACUCUGGCACCAGGGUGGGAAAUCCAUAGGAAUGUACCAGCCCAUGAAAAAUCCUGCAGAUAAGAGUUAGCCGUACAGGAACUUGGCAUAGUACAGGAAGACCUUAUUUCCAUUGGUAUUGUGUACAUUUAUGUACUUUAAAUGAUUAUGCCAAUCACCAUGACCACUUCUGUUUUCAAGAUGUGGUCACAUACAGAGUAGUCUGCACUUUUAUGCCAGUCUAGUUACAACAUCUUUGUAUUAAAAUAAAAAUAUUGAUUUUAAAUAAAUUUCACCCUGGUGUUAGUUGUCUGAAUUGGGUCCUGAAGGGUACUGGAUGCUAAUGUAAUGAAAGAAAAAUGAGUGAGGUGCAGAUGUAAUGGUCCGUAAAGAAGAUGAGCUUGGCUGCAACAUUAAAGGACCCCUAUAGUGCCAGGAAAACAUACUUGUUUUCCUGGCACUAUAGUGCCCUGAGGGUGCCCCCACCCUCAGGGUCCCCCUCCCGCCGGGCUCUGGGGAGAGUAAGGGGUUAAACUUACCUCUUCAGCGCCAGGCGGGGAGCUCUCCUCCUCCUCUACGGCUGAAUGCGCGUGCGCGGCAGUAGCCGCGCGCUCAUUUAGCCAGUCCAUAGGAAAGCAUUCUGAAUGCUUUCCUAUGGACGCUGGCGUCUUCUCACUGUGAAAAUCACAGUGAGAAGCGCAUCUAGCGGCUGUCAAUGAGACAGCCACUAGAGGCUGGAUUAACCCAUAAAUACACAUAGCAGUUUCUCUGAAACUGCUAUGUUUAUAGAAAAAAGGGUUAACCCUAGCUGGACCAGGCACCCAGACCACUUCAUUAAGCUGAAGUGGUCUGGGUGCCUAUAGUGGUCCUUUAAUUAGACUGAAGUGGGGCAGUACUGGUAUUUGGAAGGCAUGAACAAGCGCAUUAUUUAAUUCUUCUGUUAAAAGAUGCAGAAAUUUACUAUAUGAAGGGGGACAUUAAUGAGUUCAGUUUUAGAAAGCAUCCAGUUAGGAAUGGGAGAGAGGCUGUUUGUGGCGCUUUACAGGAGGGCAGACUAGAGGUGAGGAAAGGUAAAGGUCCAAGUACAGAGUCUUGGAGAACACCACUCAAGAUGGGCAUUGAUUAGGAGGUGGCUCCAGUGAAGACACUAAAUGACCGCUCAGAAAGAUAGGAUGAAAACCAGAAUAGUAGUGUCAAAAUCCAAGUUUGUGGAGGAUUUGAAGAAGAGUGGCCAACUGAUAAACAGCAGAGAGUUGAAGGGAUAACUACGAGCAAGUUGUAGUUUUAGUAGAAAGGUGCAAGUGGAGGCCAGAUUAAAGAGGGUAAAGGAGGCAGUUGGUAUUGCGAAAGUGAGUUAGACUGGUAAAAACAAUCUUCUCAAAAAGCUUAGAAGUGAAGGGGGAGUAGUGUUAAGACAUGGUGGUAGUUGAAGCAUGGGGUCAAGAGGAUGGAAGUUAAGGUUCUCUAGUUCAGAUAAGGGGGUGUCUGUUAAAAUGGUAGAAGGAACAGAAUGGAAGUAGAGUAUUGGAGAGGAAGAAGAAAGUGUAAAUUGCAAGUCUAGUUUGGAUAAUCUUGUCAGUUAAUUGACAUGCAAAAUUGCGAGGUGUGAGGUUUGUUAAUGGUGCGUUUGCAGUGAGGUGGAUAAGGUACUUAAAGGUAUGAAAGGGGGUGUUCUGGAUAAUGAGAAUAGAUGCAGAUGACAAGUAAAAUGUACUUGCUUUGCAAUGGGUAGAAUGAAGUCAGGUGUGCAGCAACACCUUCUUUAAAAGUGACUAUUACUAAGUGUCAGACCAUAUACUAACUAGAAUGCAUGCAUAUUCUGCUGUAUGAACUAUUGUGUACCAACCAAGUGCAAGAUUUGCCAUGUAACCAACAUUUAUCUGCUAUGGGGAUCUAUUGGGCUGAUGCUGAUUUAUUUUUAUUUUUUUUAUUUUUUUAGGAAAAAAGAGAAAUAGAGCUUUGUCAUUGUUUAAAUUGUUAUUCCAUGAAGCAUGACCACUUCAGUGUUUUGAAGUAGUCCUGGUGCUUGAAGUCUAUAUGUGUAAAGUUUCAGUAUGAAGUUGUAUUUUAUGGUUUGAAUAGGAUCUUUUAGGUUGGAUACUCAUAAUUUAUAGUGUAAACUAUAUUGUAGAUGAACAAGGUUAUGUAGCACUAUGUGCUAUAUUUGUUUUAUCAAGCGCCAUUUGAAAACUGCACGGCUGUGAUAUGGGGGGUAUCGGGGGGGGGAAGGACAGUGCAAUAUAUACAGACCAAUACACUAUGUAAAGAGGGCCCUGCCAGUGUAAGGAGAUCUAGCCCUUGAAGAUCUUUUAUACAGAAUACUUUGCUAGAUAGCCUGUGAGCUGAAAAUCUAAAGGUUAAAUUGGGGAGAUGAGACAAGAGGUAGAAACAGGAAUUUGGAGGUUAGGGCAGAGAGAUCUCAAAGUAUAACUGUAGUAACUGGUAACAAGUAAAGAGAAUGAGGAGGUGAUCGACUGUGAUGUCAAACAGCUGGAAGAGCAUGCUAUAAAAUUGUCUGACGCCCGGAUUAGUUUCAGGCGAUUAGUAUUUCUAUUCUUUUAGACCUGCCAUUGGGGGAAUUUGGUACAGUGGAAUGACUGUCCUCGAUAGUCUAGACCAGUGAUGACUAACCUUGACACUACAUUUCCCAUGAUGCUCCACUAGCUUUUACACUCUAAAAGCAAGCUGAACAUCAUUGGAAAUGUAGUCCAGAAACAAUUUAUGGUGUCAAGGUUAGCAAUCACUGGUCUAGACCCUGCUGGGGCCCCAGUAUACCACCAAGUAUUCUUGUGAUGCAUAGAGCUUAUGGCAACUGGGAUACAGUGUGACCUCAUACUGCUGGACCAUGAAGGCUGUUGAUAAUGUGAUGAAAUGGGGCAGUGUUGUGUGUGUGUUAGUUUGUAAGUAUGGAGUGUGUAUGUUUGUGGGUGAUGCCGUGUGAUUGUGUGUUGCAAAUCCAAUUAUUUAUGCUUAAAUUUUUGAGUAUUAUACUUAUGCACAUGUAUAUUAAUAUACUUGUAUUAUAUUAAUUUUUACUUGUGUAAAUUGUAGAGAAUAGAAAAUCAUUUAAAGGGACACUGUAGUCAACAGACCAACUACAGUUUAAUGUAGUUGUCCUGGGGAGUAUAAUUGUUCCCUUUAGGCUUUUUUUUCAUGCAAACACUGCCCCCACCCCCACCCUCUGCCCCUGUACAGCACCCCUUGCACCACACACACACACAUCAUGUAUUGGUUUGGGCACUCGGGCUCAAAAAGGUUCACCAUCGCUGCUCUAGUGGCUGUCUGAGUGACUGUCACUAGAGGUAUUACUAGGCAGCAAUGUAAACACUUCCUUUCUGUCAGCGUUUACAUUGAAAAGUGUGCAGGGAUAGAAUAUAGACUUCAGAACAACUACAUUAAGCUGUAGUGUUUCUGGUGACUGCAGUAAUCCCUUUAAGAAUUGUAUUUUUUAUGUUUAAAAAACUGGCUCCUAAAUUCCAAGCAAACUUGUCAAGCCCUGGUAUAAAUAAUGUAUUUAUAAAAAGCGUGUUCUCUCAGUAGAUCAUACAUAAUUGACAGUCUCCAGAAACAAGAUAAAUAACAUUUCAAAGUUGUCUUGAUUUUGUCAACAUUAUCAACAUGUUGAUCAAGAGAACUAUUUUUUUUUUUAAAUAUUUUGGAAACUUUUUUUGAUUGUCAUCUCUUAUUUGUUGAACUUGUGGGUAUGCUGUGUACCAGUCAAAGAGACUUAUCAGCUUCUCGACAUACACCUAGUAAAUAAAAUGGUUGUGUUUUUUUUUUUCCCCUCUUUGGUCCCAUUUUGGGGCCCCCAUUUGCCAUGUUUUGGAGGGGAAGAGAAAUGGAAAGGGUACCAAUCCUUUUGAUUUAUAUUAGAGCCCUUCACCCAGCAUAUGAUUUCAGAGAGCAAUUUAUUCAUUGUCAUUUGCAUAUACUAAGUUGCUGUUUCUUUUGGUAGUUUGUGCAGACAUGGGGCCCCUUUCCCCUCCUCCCCUCAGGAUUGCCUAUGAAUUCCAGGGAAAUAACAAAGCUUUUUAGGGGAUAUUCAGGAUUUCUUGCUUUCUUAAUUUUCAAUUUGGUUUAAUUUUGUUUAUUGCAAAUUGGCAUUUUGUUUGAAUGUCUCCCUCUCCCUCGUAAAGAAUCCUAAUUUUUAUUAUCCCAAGAAAUACUCACAAAUGUAAAUAAAAAUUUUGUUUAAGGGAAAGCACACUUUUUAAAAAAAAAUUUUUAUGGUGAAUUUUAUUUUAUUUUUUUAAAUUCUUUAUUUUUGUUGUGCAUGGUAUAACAAUAGGCUUGUUCAGCCACAAUAGCAGUUACAAGCAGUAAUGUAACGAACAGUUGAAACAUAACGUGAAUUAUGAGUAUACAGCACAUUUUUUGUUUUGCAAGAGAAAAUCUAAACCGUGGGUGAGCGUUGCUUGAGAUUUACAGAACGUUUGACUAUGCCACAAUGGCGGAGUUAGGAGCUGUAAACACAGCAUUUGUACAUUAGUGACAUGGAGAUAGCUGUACAUUUCUAAAAGUUAAGUUGACGUUUGUAUGCCAAGUUAAGCUUUUAUGAGCUUUAGUCUUGUGUGUCAGGUAAGGUUAGAAGUACAGGCUUAAAUACAGAUUGACUUACUGACAUGUUAGAUAAUAAUAAAGUAACAAGCUUAACUAAAUUAAAUUAAGUGUAAAAGUAAAGUAAUAUUCCACCAGGCAAAGCAGGGCAGACUGUCAUCGUCUGCAUUAGGCAUAAAAAAACUAACUGGCAUUUCUUAUAACGGUGAUUAUAACAUGAAUUACAUUGCAGUAUGUUUAAUUAUAGAAUGCAGCCGCAGUAACAGCUUUUGAGGCUGUCGGUAGGUUCCGUGGUGUGUGCCUUAGGUGCCAGUCAUCGUGGGAUGUUGGGGUCGCCUUCGGCUGUGGUUGCAUAGGAGAUGUUAAAAGGCAGUUUAUUCCCAUGCUUGGGCAUAGUCCCUAUAAGAAGGUCCUCUGAGUCCCAAAGUCUUGCCAGAGGGCUCCGUGGUUGCGUAUUGCCGGGUCUCCUGGUCGUCUGGUGGGUGUAAACGCGGUGCCACUUAAGCCGCUGUGUUCAGGUGCGGGCUGUGUUAUAUUGGGGUCCAUGCUUGGGUAUGCCUUCUCUGGGUGCACCCCCCGGUUGGUCUCUGGUCCCGGUGAUAGGGAGCGCUGGUUAGGCGUAUUGUGGCGUAGCAGUCUGCUUCCGUGCACCAUAGGGGUUCUCCAUGUUUAGGCAGGUGAAGUUGUUAAGACGCUGUCGGACAUUUUAAGGAGGCCUCGUGGGAACCGUUUACCUUUGGCGGGGGGGGGCGGGGGGGGGAGAGAAGAGACCGGGAGGAUGCCAGCUAUAUCAUAGUAUCCACAUUGGAAUGCGAGACAGCGGCCCUCCGCCGUGCUCUCCUCCUGGGUAGGCCUCUGGUCUCAAGCCCCAAAAUGUAUCUCCAGGAUCUAGAGUCACCCGGUAACAGGUGCUCCAGCUACACCGGGACAAUCCAGGACUCGGUUCCCCGAACCUCCAGACCUCUCAUGCAGCAUAAGGUGGGUAUUUUCCCCAAAAUUAUCUUGAUUCCGCAGGAGCUCCAGUGACCUGCAGCCUGUCGGCAUGGCUGCCCCAUGGUGAUUUAUUUUUAAGAGUCCGUGCAACAUUUUAUUUUAUAGUCCAGGGUUCAGCAACCUAUGGCACUUGAGGCACACCUCAUACAAUUACAAACAGACCACACACACUAUCCCCACAAACCUUAUACACAAAUACACAACCCCUCAAGCAGCGCCACACACCACCAAACACGCAAAGUGACAUAUCAUUCACAGGCAGCCCACAUUCAUAGGUAUUAUACAGUAUAUCAUCACAAACCCUUGAACAUGUACGAUAGAACAGCCCACAUAAGCACAAAUUCAAUGUUACAAAGCAUCUGCAGCGCCCAUAAAUAACACAAGCACAAUAUGGGUAACAUACACACCUCCAUUUCAAACAUUAGGUUUGGCACGCCAAGGAACUUAACAAUCUUUUUUUGUCAUCGUACUGCUAAAAUGUUGCCUACCCUUGCUGUUGUAUAGUCCAUAUCUAUAGCCUUUUCUCCUCUGUUGGAAAGAACACUUCAAGAUGCUGUGAGUGAAUUAAUACUUAAUAAAAAUAAAAAAUAUCCCUCAAUUUUCACCUGUUCAUUUUACUGCACUCCUUCUAUAUUGCUGUUUUGCUAAAAAGUGUUGGGUGCCAUUCAUUUUUUUUUUUGUGUGUGUCUCCUUCCUGCUUUCUUUAAUUAUAUAUCACUUACAAUAUGUUUUUUCUAUUUGAUAACCUGGAUCUGUUAAAUUGACCCGAAUGAAAUAUUUGUCCUAUCAAAAGCCCGUAUUAAAGGGACACUUUAGGCACCCAGACCACUACAGCUAAUUGAAGUAGUCUGGGUGCUGUGACUCGUUUGCACUUAGUGCUGCAAUGUAAAACAUUGUAGUUCCAGAGGACUGCAAUGUUUAUAUUGCAGCUCUGUCUGCUCUCUGUGGCUGUCUACCAGACAGCCAUUAGAGGGCUUCUGGAUUCCAAACAGACUUUUGGUCCAUUAUCUGACGCUGGGCGUCCUCACGGACCUCCAGCGUUAGAUUUUCCCAAUAGGAAAGCAUUGAAUAAUGCUUUCCUAUGCAGAGGUCUAAUGCGUGCGCGACCAGUGGCAGUUGACGUCAGCAGGGGAAGAGCCUGACCCAGCGCUGAGGGACAUUGGCACUGGAUUCAGGUAAGUGGCUGAAGGAGUUUUAACCCCUUUAUCCCUGCGGGAGGAGGUCAACCCAGGAGCCUAUAGUGCCAGAAAAACUGGUUUGUUUUCCUGGCACUAUAGGAUCCCUUUAAAUUCAUAUUGGAAGGGGCAGAAUUGGUAGAGAAAUCUCACCCACCAUUUCCUGUGGUUGAUGCCUUUUUAAUUGUUUUAAGUUUAUAUUUUAUUUUCUUAAUGGAUUAUAUCCAUACUAUGUUUAUUUGGAAAAAAAAAUGGUCUGGCUGAUGUUAGGUUACUUUGGCCUAAAAUGUGCAUUUCCUUUGUCAAGUCUCCACGGUUCCUGGUUCAGUGAAUAAACUCAGUUGUUUUUAUGGAGCUCAGUUGUGACAAGCAUUGCCCUUGCCAAGCACAGGAGAACAGUUGGGGAGUAACAUUCAAUUUGAAUUUCACAUUGUAGAGCUCUGUGCCUGCUUGAAUGAGGAGAGUAAUAGUAUAACAGUUACUACUGUGGCAAGUGCUAAUUGCUCUCUUGGGAUUGCACCCAUAAAUGUACAUAUCUCAUACUAUUUCACAGGUCUUCAAGGUGAAAUUUGUGCAAGCUAGCAAUGUCCAAUUAAAUUCAAUUGAGAAUUAAAACUAAGAACAUCACAAUAAUGAGUUAAGUGCAUGUUUUCAAUGAACUAGGUGCUCUACUCUGGCAGAUUUAGUCACCAGUUUCAAGGUAUUCCUGUCACCACCCAGGAUAGGUUUAUGAGAAGGGUAGUUUAUCCCUAGAGCAGCGUUUCCUGACUGAUGUUCCAAGAACAAAUCUGGUCUAACACCAUGAUUUGCCCAUCGGGUGGCCCAUGGGGUUGAUAUGUAUUUGUUCUGCUGCAGUUUUCAACUUUCUAAUGAACUGCACCAAUGCAUAGUAUGGAUUUUCUUUUUAAAGGAUAAAUUGAACCUUUUUGAAACCCUAUAUGAAAUUAAAUAAAAUAUUAAAUAUGGAUGCAAUAUUUAAAAGUACAGAUGCUUCUUAAAGGUACACCUAAAGUGCAACAAAAACAUUAUUUUGUAGUGGCUUUGAUAAAAACCUUGUUCCUGCAUUCUGACAAAUGUAAACAUUGAUUUUAAUUUCAAACAUUUUAAAAAAAAUAUAUAUUUUUUUAAUAUACCUGCCUAAAACUUGUGCGCUGUGUGUGUGUGUGUGUGUGUGUAUCACAUUCACUGUCAAUACAAACCUCUGUUAAAUGUAUACUCUGGGCACAAUAACUUAAUCUCAAUGAAUUUAUGGUGCCAGCUCAUUCUUACCUUUUUAAGGUGUUAAAAUAGUUAUGAACGGUUUAAUACCGAACUUUCGAAAACUGCACCCGUUUGUUCUGCCCAACAGCUUCAUCCAUUGGUCCAAGGUUUCCUUAUUAAAUGCCCUAAUGGUAGGUUAAAGGGACACUAUAGUCACCAGAACAACUACAGCUUAAUGUAGUUCUUCUGGUGAGUAUAAUUCCCUUCAUGCUUUUUUCAUGCAUUGCCUCUAGGGACACCUCCAAGUGGCCACUCCUUAGAUGGCCACUGGAGUUGCUUCCUGGGUCAGUGCUUCCGAAAAAGCAGCCCCUAACGUUAAGCGUCCCCACACUCUGCAUGGAGAUGCUGAAUUUUCUUCAUCGAGAUGCAUUGAUUCAAAACGGCAUUUGGAAUCGUGAUGAUUUUUAGGCAAUCCAAUGCUUUUCCUAUGGUGGACCGACGCAGCGCUGGAAAUGAGGUGAGUUUAAAACUUUUUUUUUUUAUAGUGGGGCUAGGAGGGGGCAAGCCACCUAAAUGGUGGGUUAAACAUUAAAGGUUCUGGAAUCCAUGUUUGUGUUCCUGACCCUAUAGUGUUCCUUUAAAACGGUCAGCUGACACUAGCUAGUAGCUACCUAGUCAUAAAAAUAAGAGUUGGGGGAGGAGGGACAUCUCUUUGCUCCGCUCACCUUUUCAUAGACAUCAGGUCUUCUAUUUGUUUUUGAUCCAAUAAGAUGUGUAUUUAGCCUUUUCCUCAUCUUUUUCUUAUUGCUUUAGAAAACCCUGAAAAUUUUAAGUUAUAACUUGCUUGGACUCCUUUUUUUUUUUUUUUUUUGAGAGAGAGAUUCAAGCAGAAAGAAUUGACAUUUUAAAGGUGUUGAAUAGCAGUUGCAGGUUGUUGACUUACAAAGUUUAUUCCUGUUGUGCUGCUGUAAAAGUGGUAUCUGAAUACAGUGCUUGGGAUGCAUGAUACACAGAGCACUUGGUUCAGUCUGGUUCACCAGCUUCCUAUUCUGUACAGAAGGCAUUUGAGGCCAGGAUCAGGGAAAGUUCAGUGUGCUUAUGAAAAGGAUCAGGGGAAAUGUUGGGAGUGGGAGGAGGGGGUGAAAUAGGAGAUUUUCCUAGGGUUACUUAUAGCAUCUAGUGCCAAAACCCCCUUCAACCCCCUUCAACCAGAAAAUGAGUUACCUCCACUAAGGAAAACACAUCUGUUUGUUUGCAUGUGGGAAUCUUGUAUGUCUUUUUAAAAAAAUAUAUAUAUUUUUAUGUAUAUUUAUGUGUGUGUGACUGUUCAUGCACACACAUUACCUCUGCAAGCUAGACAUGUUAAAAAAUAACUUUCUUUUACAUGUCUAGAUUAGAGGUAAUAAUGUGUUGUGUAUUUAUAUCUGUCCAUCUAUCUAUAUCUAUAUACAUGUAUUUAAAAAUGUAAAUACAUUAUUUUACAAGCUUUUUACCAGUUUCAUUUUCAAUAUGUUAAACUUCCCCUGUGUUAAACAGUGGUGGCUCAAAGGCUGUUCUAUUUUGCAAAUGUGAAGUUUAUUAUAAUAGCCAAGGUGGCCUUUUCUAAAUGUCAUCUUAUUACAUUGAACAUUUUACACUUGUUAGUUUUCGUUUAAGUCUGAAAGACUUGUUACCGUAAAGGAUGUCAUGCCAGUGUGUAAGUUACAGGGUUUUUGUGCUUUGAAACCUAACCUAGAACAUAAUUUUAAAUCAUCUAGUCCCCUGUGGGUGUUUACAGUCAAUGAUCAAUGUGUACUGCUAUGUUUUAAAAGUAACAAGUGUUGUAUGUUAUGAUCUGUGCACUCAUAUUUCUCAAACAAGUGGGUGGGGUGGGGGAAACCCCUUAAAAACGCUUUUAAAAGAGUGUUUAAAAAAUAAAUUAAAAAAAAUUCCCUUCAAUCAUUGUGUUCUAAGACCUGGAUCUCUACUAUGUACACACAAACCUGGGGAAUUAGUCUUCUGUGGGGCAGUCCCACAAAAGAUAUGUAGAGUCUCCUUGAAUAAGAUAAAUUACAUCACCUUUCCUGGAAAAUAAAAAUGAAAUCAUCCUUCUAGGAAAAAGAAAAAAAGUCUUGUGUAAAAGUCUUUUUUUUUUUUUUCUGAGUAGACAUGAUCUGUCCUUCCUUCACAAUCCGAAUGAUCACCAUUAUGACACAUCUUUUAAUACUGCAGAUUUGUGUAGUUUGCAGAAUAAAACUGUUCCUUGUUUUUUUUUUUUAAUUUUAUUUUACAACUACGGAAUAAUGUAUUCAUUUAAGUUUAAUGGAACGCUCCAAGCACCAUAAAUACAGAGUGCUAUUGUGGUUAUAGUGCCAGGAGUGUCUUGGCAUCCCUAAUUGUAAGUAGUGGCGCUUUUUACCUGGGUUAUGAUGGGUGUUGCUCCUAUCUUACUCUUAGUUCAGUGAGAGCCUCUAUCACCACCUCGGGAGCUCCCUUAGCUCUAUUGAUUUAAGCCCUGCAGUGUAAAGCUACUGCAUUAGCUGAGUGUGUCAGCUGGUCACUCUCAGCCGAAGAGCCAAGCUUUGUACUGCUGGGUUUCUCUCCGAUUCUCAUUGAGCAGUAGUGGUGUCAGGGAGCGUCUUGUCCUAUAUAAGAAAUCAAGCAGUUUAAAAUGGCUUGGUGCGGAAAGGGGCACAAUAGAGUACCCUUGCACCGUAACUACUACAGUUUGCAGUGUUUAUGGUGCUUUUGUAUACCUUAGUUGACCAUUGAGCAAGUGGCGUGGCUUUAAAAAAAAUAAAAAUUAAUAAUAAUUCUCACUUGGUUAAUUUCCUCAAACAAUGUAUUUACCUAAGAUACCAAAUAAAGCUUGCAGUGACCAUAUAGUUUUGGUGCCUACAUAAGAGUGGACCAUAAUGAUGUCCCAAGGCAUUUCAUUAUCUGCACCUGUGCUACGAUUUAAAACAAAAAACCCCAAAAACAAACCUUACUUGAGUUAAAGGGACAUGAGUCACCAGAACAACUUAAGCUUAAUGUAGUUGUUCUGGUGUCUAUAGCCUGUCCCAAAGAAAAGGCAGUGUUUUCAUUGGUGCCCAUCAUGUUUGUGGGUUUUUUUUUUGGGUUUUUUUUAACACUAUACACAUUUGAGGUCAUACAGGCACGUGGAGGCCACACACACUACUGAGCCUCAUUUUGACUUGUUUUAAGGACAUUACAUCAAAGUUGGAUCAGCCUGUAGUGUGUUUUUCCACUUUAAUUUUGAGUGUGACUCCAAAUCCAGACCUCCAUGGGUUGAAAAUUUAAUUUCCAUUUUUUUUAAAAUUUUUGUGUGGUUUUGUUGUCAGCACAUUCAACUAUGUAAAGAACAAAGUAUUUCAGAAGAAUAUUUAAUUCAUUCAGAUCUAGGAUGUUUUAAUUUUUGUGUUCCCUCUAUUUUUUUUUUUUUUUUUUAGCAAUGUAUAUCUUAAGCAAAGGUUUUAAAAUGUUUGAAUGUGUAUGCCAUGGGGACAGGAGCAAAACUUACAUGCACUUAAUAUUGUGUGUUGUCUCUCUUUUAGGACCCGUGGCGGCUCAGCCCUUUUUUGUGGUGCCAAGGCGGCCUGGCUAUGGCACCAUGGGGAAGCCUAUCAAGCUGCUGGCCAAUUGCUUUCAGGUGGAAAUCCCAAAGAUGGACGUCUUCCUCUAUGAGGUGGAUAUUAAGCCAGAUAAAUGUCCUCGCCGAGUCAACAGGUAAUAGUAGCUGACUUCUGUGGUACCAAAUGAAUGCCUAUUGUUGAGUAAUUUACAAACCACCAUACAAAGGAAUAGCAUUUGAAAACUCAUCACUGUCUUUCUCAAGGUUUGCCUUUUCAGAUAUACCAGUGGGGAAAGUGAUUGUGAAAGGAUAAAACCAUGUUUCUAACUAGCUCGCACACACAUAAAUCAUUUGGGGACACAAAAAUAAAUUGGACAGACACAGAAAGCACAUUUUUCUCAGGUGUUUGCAGACAAUAUUACAAUACAAAAUAUUAGGAAGUGGCAAUAAGCUGUAUCUUGGAAAUUAGACAAAUAUUUAAUUUUCAGUGUUGUAUUGAUGAUGGGUGUAAAAAUAACAAUUUGUUGCUAAUAUGCUACUCUGGAGUAUAACUAAUAAUUUCCUUUUCUCUAGGGAGGUUGUUGAUUCCAUGGUCCAGCAUUUCAGAGUCUCCAUAUUUGGAGACCGCCGGCCAGUUUACGAUGGCAAAAGGAGCCUUUACACCGCCAAAUCUCUUCCUCUUGCAAAUGCUGGGGUAAGCGUGUGAAGAGUUUAAGUUUGGCAGUUAAAGCUUCAUUGCUACUACAGCCUGAUGUAGUGAUCCCUGGUUUUGGAGCUCUUUGACAAAAAGUGGGAUUUUCUGCCACUCCACCUGGAUAAUGCAUUAUUAAACUUCAGUGAUACGCUGCUAGUAAUCAUUACUUGCUCCAUAAUUGCAGAGUGAGUUAAAUUGACUCUUUAAUCUCCAUAACCACUGCAGAAUGUUGUGGUUAAAGUGCUAUAUCUAUGCAUAUGUUGGUCCUAUCCCUCACAGCUGAUCAUUGAAGUUCACGUAUAGUUAAAUAAUAUGUAAGGUCAUUCUUGAUCGUAUAACCAUUCACUCUGGGGAGAAGUGUCUGUACUUCUUUAGUGUCAAUGCUAACUUAUAGGGAAAGCAAUACAAAGAUGUAUUGCUGUCACUAUAGUUAUGAAAAUACUAUGUAGGCUGCUGGCCCCUCUAAGCAAUUUAAAAGGUGAGUUUACUCCCCUUUAUUCCAGUGCUGUGCGAGUCCGAUGUGUCUGGCCCCACGCCCUUGGCUGAGUUAUCAAAAUUGGGAGGCUAUUGCGCAUGCACUGCAAAAUGCCACGCUGCACCAAUCCGCAUCUCCUCAUAGAUGCAUCUAGUCAGUGCAUGUCUGAGGAACAUUCAGCGCCCCCAUGCAGAGCUUGGUGACGCUGUACGUCAGUGCUCACUGCACACUGUGCUGCACUGACCCAGGAAGCACCUCUUGUGGCGGUCACUAGAUGUGUUACUGGGCAGCAAUGUUUCUUUGAAGAGGCAGUGUUUACUUUAAAAUGUCUGCAGGGACAAACUAUACACACCAGAGCAACUACAUUAAAGGAUCACUGUAGGGUCAGGAACACAAACAUGUAUUCCUGACCCUAUAGUGUUAAAACCACAAUCUAGCCCCUCAUGCCUCCAUAAAUAUAGCACAAUCUUACUGUAUUCAAGCCAGAAGCUGUAGAUCUGCAUGCUGUUUGCCCUUUAGAAAAACAAGCAGUCUGACAUCAUCUGAAGUGGAGGCCUGAUCCAAUCACAAUGCUUCCCCAUAGGAUUGUCUGAGACUGACAAAGAGGCAGAGGCAGAGCCAGCAUGAUUCAAACACAGCCCUGGCCAAUCAGCAUCUCCUCAUAGAGAUGAAUUGAAUCAAUUAAUCUCUAUGAGGAAAGUUCAAUGUCUGCAUGUUUGGAUUCAUUUUAGGAGAUACUGAAUGUUUGGAUGCAUUUUAGGCAGCCAUGACCCUGGAAGGAUCUCUAACAGCCAUCUGAGGAGUGGCCAGUGAAGUUAUCGCUAGGCUGUAAUGUAAACACUGCAUUUCGCUGAAAAGACAGUGUUUACAGCAAAAAGCCAGGUAAUGAUUCUACUCACCAGAACAAAUACAAUAAACUGUAGUUUUUCUGGUGACUAUAGUGUCUCUUUAACUUAUUGAUUUUUCCCUUUUAUUUAAACAUUGUUUCUAAUAGUAGAUUAGUGCCAGGGGAAUCAUUUCCACCCCAAUAAGUCUAAUCAAACUAAGAAUGUUAUCCAAGUAAGACUUCAGUUUAGGGCACAGCGCAUGGCACAGGGAACCCACCUGACCACACUCCCUCUAACACUUGUUGGUAGGUGACAAUUGUAGCUUCUAAAGCCUGGAGGGAGUGUAAUACCAUCUGUAUAGAAUCUAGUAGUGUGAUUCCAUGUGUGACACACACUGUGUAAUGCCUCUUAAAGCUGAUGUUAAAUCUAACCAUUCAUUCAGCUCGUAUUCCUUAUCUAAUUCGCUUUCUGAUUUAGUCAUCGAUUCAAACUUUUGUAUAGGCAUUCCAGCAAAUAGACCAUAGCAUUUAAAAAAAAUUGCCCUUUUCCAAGCAGGGUCCGAGAAAUACUCUCAAUGAGAGACAUUUCUAGUUUAUAAACACACUCUCGCCCUGUCUGGAAAGGCCACACCUAUCAAUCACAGAGUCAAUCAUUUUCUCAUGCAUUAAUUCAUCUGAACUGUCAAAAUCAUACUUGGUUUUAUUUAUAUCUUGUUGGUAUUUUAUGAUAUGCUUUUUACUAGAGAAAAAAAAACAUUAUUUUUUUUUGCAGACAUUUUUUGAGAAUGUAAUAAGCAAACGCCGAGUUUAAUUUCCAAAUAAAGUGUGCUGUCAUGAAUGCUUUGUACUUGAAAGAUUUGAGCAAAAUUUGAGAAAAUCACCAUUGAUAUCCAUAACAGCCCCUUUCAUUCUUACUACCUCCGUUCUUGCAGACACUUAUGAAAAUAGCUGCCGACAUGUACAUGCAUUUUAAACCAUAACCAAGCCAGUAAUGUGGACAGGUCCAUAUAGAUAACUUGUGAGAAAAAAAUAAAGCAAAAACGCAACUAAUGUUUAAUCUAAUAUUCAAGAAGUUUGCUACUGGAUGCAAAUUGCGGGUAAGCUUGUCAAGCAUUUAACUACAAUAUGUAAAUUACAGGCCGAUAUGUGUAAAAAAUGGAAUUUGCUCACUAUUUACUACAGAGUGUAAAUAGGGCUGUCAGCUAUGUUUCCAGUUCAGCUACUUUGGCCUUAACUGUGAAAUUCACAUUGAAUUCCCACUUUAGUGAAAUAACAAAUGUAUGUGUGCCUGAAAUAUUGAAUGUGGUCUGCAGCAUUAGCAAACUUUUUUUUUUUUUUUUUUGGCAGGUGGAUCUAGACGUCACAUUACCAGGAGAAGGAGGAAGAGAUCGUCCUUUCAAAGUCACUAUUAAAUUUGUCUCCAGGGUAAGCUGGCAUUUGCUGCAUGACGUCUUAACUGGGCGAUCCCUGCCUGAACCCCUGGAACUGGACAAGCCAAUUAGCACUAACCCAGUCCAUGCAGUUGAUGUGGUGCUACGACAUCUGCCCUCCAUGAGGUAAGCAUCAUUUCUAGUUUGGAAGGUAGAAAAAAUACAGUUGAAAUGCAAACUUUAAUACUGUUUAUUGUACGAUCUUGAUUCUGAUAGUUGCCAUAUAUCAAGGUAAUACUGAUUUGUUGCAGUUUAGAUACCCCCAGUUAAAUAAUAGUAGUACAUUCGUUCAUUGUUUGUUCAAGUUUAGAACAGUCCUAAAUAAAUGUAAAGGUUAUUAUUUAAUCUGAAUUAAUUGCUUAUUCCCCCUGUCAUUCUUAGUGUCUUUUGUAUAGAAUUGACGUAUUGUGUACUAAGCAUAUGUAACUAGGCUUCUAGACUGGGCUUAGGUAAACAGAAUUAAUUCAUUCCAGCUACUAAAACACACUAUCUGAAGACAAUUUAAGGAUCACAAUUUUUUUUAAUUUUAUUUUUUAAUUAUUUGUGUGCAGUAUGGAUUGUUUAGAAGUGGAGUAAAUAAUUUAUAAAACUUAUAAUAAAGAUUUAACUAUUAUAAAUAAAUCUGUAUAAACCGGGAUUUGGAUUGCUAAGAAGCUAUCUCAGUAAUUCAUACGGACAUGUAGCAAUAUUUAGGCUUCCUUCCAGGCCCUCAUUGGCUGCUUACCUUUCAUAAUCAAAGGAGCACAGUGUUUUUUUUUUGUUUUUUUUUGCUGUGCAUUGUAUGCAUAUUUGUCGCACACAUCUUUCUACCCCCUCCUUGUUUACCUGCGUCCUAUUGUGUAAGGAUAUGAUCAUACCAUGAUAAGGCUAAGGUGGUAUAGGUUUGUGACUUUCUUUUAAACAAUGUAUCUAAAUUUGAAUGACCUUGAUUCUUUACAGUGACAUAAGGACAGGUCAGAUUUUCUAAAACUUAUUGAUAAGCAGGGCUCACACAAUCAACAACUUCAGUGAAAUUUUAUAUUGUAUAAUUAAUGCAGUGCAAUUCUAAUCAUUUGUGCUGUGAGAGGUAAAAUAGAGAACAUCUGAACAUGUUUAGUAAAAUGCAAUAUUCAUAACUAAUUGGACAUUAAUUUUAUAUUGCAAUUGUUUAACUUAAUUACAUGUACCACUUGGGCUUCACCACAAAACAUUACAAUAAAUACAUCCUAAAAUUAAUUGCAUAGCUCAUGGUUAGGCAACCUUUCAGUAGUACUGUGCCAAAACAAGAUCUUAAAGUCCCUUCUGCGUGCCUUUCUUAAUUUUUUAUUAAACCAGUGUGUUUAUGUUGCAGUAUUGUGCUUGUGUUAUUUAUAGGCGCUGCAGUUGCUUUUGUAUUUGUGUGCAUUUGAGCUGCUAUAUUGCAUAUGUUCAUGAGUAGUAUUGUGUAUACCUAUGAAUGUGGGCUGUGUAUGGGAGCUGCUAGUGUGUGUGUGUGUGUGUGUGUGUUUAUCAUGUCACUUUAUGUUUGGGGUGUGUGUCUGCUUGUCGUAUUACAUGUGAGAUACUGCAUCAUGGUUGGCUUCUAUGGGGUCCAUUGUGAAACGGGCCGGCUAGGUACAGGUCAGUGCUGAUUCCCGUUCACAAGUGUUAGUGGAAGUGAUCUUAGAUCACUUCCUCCCAAGUGCUGCAAUUAGGGAUCGACCAAUUAUCGGUCUGGCUGAUAUUAUCGGCCGAUGUUCUGCAUUUUCGGCAAUAUUGGUAUCGACCAAUGGAGAUUUUUUAUUUAUUUAUUUAUUUUACUUGCUUAGAAUCGCCUGUUGUUGAAUUCUGUUUUGUAUUCGAUUGAAUGUUAUAUGAUUGCAUGUUUAUUGUGAAUGUUUCUUCUUCUUUGGAUCACAGUAUGGCUAAAAAUCUGGAUUUUAAAUAUUUAUUUGUACUUGUUCAGUUGUACAGCAUCAGACUCUGUUACCUAGGAAGUCCAUAUGCAAGCACAUUAUUUGACAUUCUUUCAGACUCAUCUUUCAUGUUCUUUUGUGACAUAAUGGCAAAGUUCCACCAUGUAGUGAUUACCAGACACCUUUGUUUUUUCUAAUUCCCUAUAAGGGCAGGUUUUGGUCAUUACGUUUGCACCAAAAACCUAGCAAAUUUACCCAGACUGCCAUAAGUUUUGUGUAAUUAAUGGAUAUGUUAGCCACAAUGCAGUUAAAAGGAAAUGGUUUUAUUUUUAAAAUUAUUUUACUAAAGGGACACACUGUAGGCACCAAAACAGCAGUUUUGGUGUAUAGAUGGCGCCCCUGCAGUCUCACUGCUCAAUUUUGACAUUUAGCAGUUAAAUCACUUUGUUUAUAUAGCCCUGUUACCGGGAAACUGACAGAGGCCAAGCACAGAGAGAUGGACACAGGUUUCUUCAGGAAGGAAGAGAUCUUUAUUCGAUUCACCGACCAGGACUCAGAGGGACUUAUGUCACCAAAAACAGCAAAGAUCUGAGCACUGAAUACAUAGAGUACAUUCCUUAUAUAGCACUGUAGCUCCUCCCAUAAUUAGCUACUCCCACACAUACCCUUAACCUAAUCAAUGAAUAGUCUAAACUCAUCCAUCCGGUCUAACCACGUGGCUCAUCUGAAACAAAGGAGAGGGACGCGUAAUUCCAGUUCCUGCAUUCCUGCACAUGCUCAGUACAGUGAUGACAGUAUCUUAGCUACGUGUAACUAACUGAUACUACAAACACAUGUACCUACAUAUGCCUUGUGGCAAUCUUGGCCUGCUAAACUUGUAUUUUACUGGAAUUCCAUCACAUUCCCCCCUUUGAUGCUUCUGAUUUAAAAUAAUUCCAGAUGCAUCACCAAUCAUAGUUUGCUUACACCUCAAGUUGCCAUAAACCAGACUAGACUUUGCGAUCCUCUAAAGAUACGAACCCCUCAACAUUCCUCUUCCUGCAUGUAUUCUCCUUGAUCUAGAGCUUCAUACCUGCAAACAGCCAUUACCUGUGCUGCGGCCUUUCUUUCUGCUAUACUUUCUAUAAUGCUCUGCAUAGACCUAAUUACCAAAGGAAUCAGACAUGGCAGAAGGAGACACAACAUCAAAAUCAGUAUGACUCCACCUACCAAUGCCUUGAUUCCUCCAAACUGCUCAUACCAACUACCAAACCAACUACUCGGAUUAUACCCUUUCCAUACCUGAGUAGGUACAUGUGCUAGCUUAACCAUAUGGCUAGUAAGCUCAGCUAUUGCUUGCCCUUCAUCAUCUAUUUGAAGACAACAAUUGCUUAGAUUAAACUUCCCACAUACACCUCCCUCUACUGCCAAUAGGUAAUCCAAAGCUAAUCUAUUCUGGUAGAUGGCUGUCCUCAUCCUAGUGUUAUGCUUCGCUAGGAGAUUGAGCGCUUGUGAUGUUUCAUUGGUAACUAUCUCAACUACUGCUUGCAAUCUUAUAAUACGAUUAAGCAUAUAUAUUGGGGUUCUGUAUCCAUAAGUACCAUCCUCUGCCCACGUAGCUGGCCCAUAAUAAUCUAUAAUACGCUGGGGAGGCCACUCAUCAUCUUCCCAGGUACCUAUCUCUAGGGGUGCCCUUUUCUUCCUAUGAUUUACAUCAUAUACUUUAACUCCCAAAGUCUCUCCUGUUUCAAUUGGCAACAAGAAGAAGGAUGGUUUGAGCAUACCCAAUACACAUGCCCCUUCCCAGUCCUGUGGUAACUCCGAAUAUGCUUUCUUACCACAAAUCCAGUACAAAUUUGCUGGGGCUUUCCAACUAGAUUUAGCAGAUAGGUCAAACCAUACAUCCUUUAAAUUGGUAUAAUUUGCAAACAGAUUAGACGGUUCUGAGACAUUUGAAGCUGACCACCAAAUAGUAUCCUUUGUAUCGUCAUUAUAGGCUUUCUGCCCUAAACAAGUCAAUUCUCCUACAGAUGUAUUAAACAUUAUUCCUUUCCUUGCUAUACAAACAUAACCUAUAAUGGAGGUCUUUAAUCGCCACUCAGAUUUACCUCUAACACUCACUUGAUAAUUAGAUUGAGAAGAUAUUAGUUGUUCAACUGUCUCAGAACCAGAAUACAUUACCUCCUUUGCUUCCCAAGGCCAUUGGUCUCCCAUAUUAGUACCUCCACACACAUAGCAGUUGGUUACAUUAAGACUACCAGCAAUGCUCUCAGCUAGGUCUAUGAAUAAGUUUUUGGCAUUAUGGGGAACCUUAUCUUCCACACUCAUCUCCUCAUAAAAAGAAUGGAAAACCUGAUGAGUCUGGGGGGCCACUGUAUCUGUCUCUAUUCCUAUGUAUAAUAUCGUCCCAGGAUCCAAACCUGUUCCAUAUAUUUGGAACCCAAAUAGAUUCCCAAACUUAUCUAUAAAUAGCUCUGGGUCCUUGAUAAGUAUAUGGACUGGGUUACACUCCAUAGACUUACAAUAUGGCUUGGUAGGCAAUCUAGUGAUAAUCAUAUCCUUAUCUACUGUCUGUCCCCAGGUUGCCCAUCCCACACAGGAUCAAUACGCACAAUAAUUGUAGUCUUUAUUUAGGCAGUUUGGAUCUAUAUACUUAUGCUUAUUACUAGGACAAAUAUACUUAUCAUUAGACCCAUACGUUCUUUCCCAUUUAAGACCACCACAUACAUUCAAUGGCUUCCUACUACCUGAUAUCGCCUUACAUGCAUCAAAUAGCAAUACACCUGGAGAAUGUACGCUUUCUAGUACAAUCUUAUUUAUCAGGUUCCCCUGUGCGUUCUCAUUCCGAAUAGUCAACCAAAUUGUACGGGGCUGAUACUCAGGAUUAAAACACCUAGGUUCUCCUGCUCCUAUAUGGCGGACACUAUAAUCUGUACCUAGGUAUAUACACUUUGAUACAUGUCCUGUGCACUCAUAUUGCGAAUGCCACAUAAGGGUCUGGGAAAUAUGAUUGCCUGUUUUUGUAGUCUUAAUGCAAACCUUGCAGCCUGGUGUGUCGGUACCUCUACCUUCCUGAAUAAUUAAAAACACACACAUAUACAUCAUCAAACACAUCACUCCUGACAUCUUCUUCCUAAUUCUUCGACCGUGCGACUGCACCUCAGCUUCCAGGCGUGUGAGGGCUGCAGGGAAUGGAGUCCUUCUGAUCCUCACUGUUCUUCACAGAGGAUUCCUCUGGCUUAAACGUUGGUAGGUGGUCAGGCUUUAUUGUGGCCGUCAAAACACCUACUUGUAGAUCUUUGUUGAUGUUUCCUUGUAACAAUACUCUUCGCAAAAACCACUUUUAAUCUAACCGGGUCACUCGCUUCAACCAGAUCUUGCCAAGAAUCUGCUGCUGGUUUAACCCUGGAGUGAUGAAUCCACGGAGUCACCUCUGCCACCUUUAUAGCUGUUGGAGUAGACAAAAGAACAGCAGAAGGACCCCUCCACUUUGGCCCCAAUGGUACACUGUUCCACUCCUUUAUCCAAACUUGGUAUCCUGGAUGGUAAGAAUGGACAGGUGGAUAAAUAUUUACAGGUAACCUAUCUUGUACCCAUUUCUGUACCUCCUCCAUAGUUUUACUCAACUCUACAACCUGCCGCCGGGUAAUUCCUUCUCCCAACUGACUCAAGUCCCCUCUUAAGUUACUAAGUAUGGGAGGUGGACGCCCAUACAUAAUUUCAAAGGGUGAUAGACCUAACUUUCUGGUAGGUGUACUACGAAUGCGCAACAGAGCUAUUGGCAAAAGAACAUUCCACUUGAGUUGGGUUUCUUGACACAUGUUUGCCAACUGGGUCUUAAUGGUUCUGUUCAUCCUUUCCACUUUCCCAGAACUCUGAGGCCUAUAUGCUGUAUAAAGUUUCCACUUAAUACCAAGCAUAUGAGUCAAUUGUUGUAGGCACUGAUGGACAAAAGCUGGACCAUUAUCUGAUCCUAUAGAACACGGUAGUCCAUAUCGGGGUAUUUCUCACAACAGAAAUCGCACAACUUCUCCUGCUUUCUCUGUACGAGUUGGACACGCCUCUACCCAUCCUGAGUAGGUACAUACAGCUACUAGUAGGUAACGAUGUCCGCCGGAUUUGGGCAUUACCGUGUAGUCUAUUUGGAGAUCGGACAUAGGAAGCCCUCCCAUGUACUGGACUCCCGGUGGUUUCACUGGACCUUGCCUUGCGUUGUUCUUGGCACAUGACACGCAUCUUCGAACAAUGGCUUGAGUCAAGUUGGACAAUCUUGGUAUGUAGAAAUGCUUCCUAAGAGAUUCUUCCAUACUAUCUCUUCCAGAAUGUGUCCCAUUAUGAUAAUUCUGGACAAUUUCUACAGCUAACUGAUACCAAUUAUUCUCCAAAUAUUUCCCAGCUUCAGUCUUUAACCACUCUACUUCUUGAGCUGUAUAAACUGGAGUCCACUGGGACAGAGGGGUCGGUAUAAGAGCUGCUACACACUCCACAUAUUCUUUUUGUCCGGAUUCAGCGGCACGCUUAGCUGCACUAUCUGCCAUCCGAUUUCCUUUCACCACAUCACCAUCACCUUUCAGAUGUGCUCGACAAUGUAUGAUACCAACUUCCUUCGGCUCCCAUACAGCUUCCAAUAGUUGUAAUAUCUCAGCUGCGUACUUGAUUUCUUUUCCUUCUGAGGUCAGUAAUCCUCUUUCUUUAUACAAAGCUCCAUGGGCAUGAGUGGUUAAAAACGCGUACUUUGAGUCUGUGUAGAUAUUUACUUUCAACCCUUCAGCCAAUUGCAAAGCCCGUGUAAGUGCGAUUAAUUCUGCCUUCUGUGCUGAUGUUCCUUUUGACAAUGGCCGCGCUUCUAUCACCUUGUCUAUAGUUGUCACUGCAUAUCCGGCAUAGCGAAUCCCUUCUUUCACGUAACUACUGCCGUCCGUGUAAUACUGAACAUCGGGGUUCUGGAUGGGAAAAUCAUGAAGGUCCGGUCUACUUGAGAACACUUCAUCCAUUACCUCCAGGCAAUCAUGUCGACUCUCAGUAGGUUGCGGCAAGAGGGUAGCUGGGUUCAAGGUAUUAACAGUCUCAAGAUGCACUCUCGGGUUCUCGCAUAACAUGGCUUGAUACUUAGUUAUGCGGCUAUUGCUAAACCAAUGAUUACCUUUAUAGUCUAGCAACGUCUGUACUGCGUGCGGGACUCGCACAUAGAGUUCCUGACCCAGAGUGAGCUUGUCAGCUUCUGCUACCAACAGGGCGGCGGCAGCUACGGCCCUUAGACAAGGAGGAAGACCACUGGCUACUGCAUCCAGUUGUUUGGACAUAUACGCAACAGGUCGUUGCCAUGAUCCCAGAUACUGUGUCAGUACUCCCACAGCCAUCCUUCUUUGCUCGUGUACAUAUAAGUAGAAUGGACGUGUAUGAUCAGGUAGACCUAAUGCGGGGGUGCUCAUCAAUGCCUUCUUAACAUCCUCAAAUGCCUUCUGCUGUUCGAUGGUCCACAGGAAGGAAUCAUGUUCCGUGCCUUUAAUAGCGGCAUAGAGGGGUUUCGCCAGUAUCGCAUAACUGGGAAUCCAUAUCCUACAGAAGCCUGCUGCCCCUAAGAAUUCUCGCACUUGUCUUCUAUUCUUAGGUGUUGGUAUUUGGCAUACAGCCUCUUUUCUUUCAGGCCCCAUUAUCCUUUGACCUUCAGAGAUAUGGAAUCCCAGAUACUUGACAGUUGGCUGACACAACUGAGCUUUCUUCCUGGACACCUUGUAUCCUGCCUUCCAAAGAAUGUGCAGUAAAUCAUAAGUUGCUUGCUGGCAUAUCUCUUUAGUAACUGCCGCUAUCAACAAAUCAUCCACGUAUUGUAGUAGUACACAUUCUCCUGGGAUGGACUUGAAAUCUAAUAAGUCCUGACUUAAUGCGGAUCCAAAUAGGGUAGGUGAAUUUUUAAACCCUUGGGGCAAUCUUGUCCAGGUCAUCUGACGUUUCGAGCCCGUUACAGCAUCUUCCCAUUGGAAUGCAAAGAUACACUGGCUUUCUGUAGCAAUUCGUAGGCAAAAGAAGGCAUCUUUAAGGUCCAAGACUGUAAAGUAAGUAGCCCCACCCGGAAUCAAGGCAAGCAGGUUAUAAGGAUUGGGCACAACUGGAUGUAUACUUACUACCGCAUCAUUGACUGCUCUCAAAUCCUGCACAGGACGAUACUCAUCUGACCCAGGCUUCUGAACAGGCAACAAUGGAGUAUUCCAGGGGGAAGUACAGAAUUUUAGGAUACCAUACCUUAUGAACUUAUCCAAAUAAGACUGUAUGUUCUUCUUCGCCUUUUGAGGUAUAUGGUAUUGUUGCAGGCUUACUGGAUAAACCCCAAGCUUUAGUUCAAUGCGUAUAGGUGGGAUAUUGCGAACAAGUCCUGGUGGGUUAUUUUCUGCCCACACUCCUGGUAUAUUAUACAAGGAUUCAUCACUUUUAGGGUUUUGACUUGUCAUCACUGUAUAAAGUCGCCACUCUUCUUCCUUUGGUACUGAUAGUGUCAUUAUACCUGAGGGUCCAUUAAACUUCAAGGAUGUCGUUCCAGAAAUGUUAUCUGCGCUUGUAACUUCGACAACAAAUCCCGUCCUAGGAGUUGGACUGGACAUUCAGACAUGUAAAGAAACUGAUGUUUCACUACGUGGCCUCCCAGUGUACAGACUUGACUUUUGAGAACCGGUUUAGCAGCACUCCUCCCAGUUGCUCCUAUUACAGUGAUAGUUCUUCCUGAAGGAGGAGCAACUAGGUCGGUUACCACAGAAUGUUCAGCACCAGUGUCGAUCAUGAAAGAACUUCUUUUUCCCCCUAUUGCUACAUCGACCAUAGGCUCCGCUCGACCAAGGGGGAUGGAGCUCGGUCGGUAUCAAUAGUCCUCCAUGACAGUGUCAGCCAAACCCAUAAAGUCCCUAUCUUCUUUCUCGCGGUCUCUGCGCUGCUGGGUAAUACCUAUCCCCUUGAACGCUUCCUCUACUAUUCCCACCAUUUCCUCCAGGGCCUCCUCUUCCUCUCACUCUACCUCUAUAGUUAUUACUAUAUCCUCCCCUUGUUCUAUCUCUCUCAUGUUGUUCCAUCAAUGGACACUCACUCCUCCAAUGCCCUUCUUCCCUACAAUAUGCGCAUUGGUUCCUACUUAAAGGCUCCCUAUUUCACUUAUUCUCGCUUUUCUCGGUUCCCCUGUACACUUCCUUUUCCCUUCUAUCUACACCAGCGAUAGCUACCGCUAACAUAUCUGCCUUCCUUCUCAUCUUACCCUCUUCUUCCUUCUUCGUCUCUGUCUCCCUAUUCAUAUAAACCUUAUUUGCUAUUUCCAUUAGUUGAGUUAUAGACAUCCCUACAAACCCUUCUAGCUUUUGCAAUUUUCUUUUAAUAUCUCCGUAAGCCUGGCUGACAAAGGCAGAGUUAACCAUCUGGGAAUUCUCAGGAGCCUCUGGACUAAAGGGGGUAUACAAUCGGUAUGCCUCCAAUAAUCGGUCAUAAAAGGCACUGGGCGACUCAUCACAUUUCUGCAAUACCUCAGCCGUCUUUGACAUAUUGAUCGCCUUUUUCCCUCCGGCUUUCAUGCCAGUAAUAAUGGCUUCCCUAUAAGCUUUUAGGUGAGUCAUAUCAGCACCAUUAACAUUCCAAUUCGGAUCUACGUUUGGGUAAUGAGCUGCGGCCCAUGCUGCCGGGUUGGCCUGAUUCUGUGCAAGCGCUUUAAUUGCCGCCUGAUUAAUCCGAGUCCUUUCCUCGUUAUUAAACAAUGUCAUAAGCAAUUGCUGGCAAUCAGCCCAAGUGGGAUUGUGCGUUUGGAUUAUGGAGGUAAUCAAAUCUGUCAUGGCUUGAGGUUUGUCUGUGUAAGAGGAGUUAUGGGUUUUCCAGUUGAACAAAUCCGUAGUGGUAAAGGGAACAUAAACAAAUACGGGGUCGGCAUGUUGUAACUGGCCUUCACCAUUAAUGUGUGUCGGGCCCGGUGUCAAUCGGAGAGGCAUUUGAUAAUGUCGGGGUUGGAGGGUACCGGUCAAUUGUCGGGUUAGUAUGGGGCUUCGUUGAGGAAGGUCAGUUAUGGGUUCCGGUCGAGGGGUAGUAAGACCAGGGGAGGGGGACGCUUUUUCUUUACUGAAGGGGAGGUUGGUAAGCAGAAUAUUCCGGGCUGGGAGGAGCCUGACCAGGAACCAGAAAUGACGUCAAAUCCGGAUAGGUGGAGUUAGUGGGGGUAGGUACCGGAAGGGGAGGAUUUAGAACAAGUGGGCUGGGCUCUGAGCUAGAGGAUGGGGUAGGAGGAGACAAUGGGGCAGGAGGAGACAAUGGGGCAAGGGGAGUGGCAUUACUAGCCGCACCUCCUCUUCCUGUAGAGGAGGAGUAAGGGGGCGGUAAAGGAAUCUCUGACUCAGGGGGCGUGUCCAGAAUGGGCGUGAUCACGGCCUUGGUGGACAAACGAGUUCUGGCCAACAGGAGGCGGCAUUGCUCCUCUUGGCACACCCUGAUCCAUUUUGGCAAGUCAUCCACGGCCUGUUUCCAACAAUCAAUAUAUGGAAACUGGUCGUAAAGUUCCGGCCUACCAGAUACAGCUACGUGUACACGCUGCACUAGAUUAGGAUCAAGACUACCACGUGGAGGCCAUGCAACCACUAAGGCAGGCCAUUCCCUGCUACAUAAAGUAGUCAAACGUGUUGGAGACCUCUUUACCCCAAAAUCACAUACAUUAUAUCCCUUUUAAAAUUCUUUAACAUGCAAUCUAAGGGAUCAACGAUCUUUGAAUCCAACACACCCAUACUUAACAAUGGAGCGUCGUCUCCAAUAGAAACAAAACAAAAUACACUUCCAACAGUCACACCCGUUUCCCUUGGCAACAGCACCACGUGGCACAGUUACUAGGCCAAACGCACACAACAAAUCAUACAGGGAAUUCCCGUACACACACAGCUGUUACACCACACACUAAAUAACUAUUACUGUACCUUUUUUGGCGAAAUUAUACAAUUACCCACGCUAUAAUUCUCAGUAUUUAAAUUACCCGUCUAUAACACACCCUAGUAACAUCGUCUUUACAAACAGUAGUUAUAGUACGGUUAGCAUUGGUUAGAAUACAAUUUUAAAGUCACAGGUCAGUUAAUAGUAGUUAUGGUGUUAAACAUACAACAUAAACGACAGUUAUUAGUGAUUAUUUACAGUAUCAGUGUUUAUAAUACAUGGUUAUGGUACCGUGCGCUAUGAUACAGUUACACACUAUUCACACUCUCGCUAGACGGCAGAGCUCACGCUACCCAGCAAGAUAUACACUCUACUAUAAUAAAUUUUAACACAUUUACAGUUUCUCAACUAAUCUAUUAGACAGUACCUCGAGGGACUACCUAAAACUAUUUACAUCCGUUUUGGUUAGCCGUCGCUGCCGAAGCACCACAUAUAGCGAACUAGAGGGCGGAAUUUACAACAAUACCCUUUUAGUCUAUCUACUCUAUCAAUAGUCUAGUGGGUUCCAAAUUUACAUGCCUUCCCACUUAGCCAAGAUAGGUUGAGAACUAGCAAACGAUAAUGUACACCAGAGUCUGCUUAGUCUCCCGGUCCCUCCGACCUAGCGAACGAAAUGUACACCCUAGAUACGCUAGUCUAGACAAGACACCGGUGUCCGGCUUGGGCUAUAUACAUUCAACCAAGACCCAGCCUGACUCCAUACCAAGAUUAGACGGGCUGACUACAGGGCGUCUAAUUAUGAGCGGUGCGCCUUCGCUCCUUCCCUCCCUGGAGGGGGCCAAUUCCAUACACAAUUCCAAUUCAAACCCCUUAUGGGUCUACCGCACAAUCGGUAUCCAAUACCCCUAGUGGGUACACCGUCUAAAACAGUAGUAGUCUUACCUCCUCGUUCCUGAACCUGAGUUCACACUCAUCGACGGGGACUCCCCAGUACUUACUAUGUAGAGGCCAAUGAUCUCCUGGACAACAGACCAGUGGCGCCGAGACGAAGGGCGGUCCACGCAGAAGUUCAGGGGUGCAGCCGUAGAGAACGUGGGCAAAGAUAGACCGUCUCACGCCUCUGCUUCCUAGCCACCGUUAACGACGAGCUUCCCGGCCAACGCACCAAAGAUGUUACCGGGAAACUGACGGAGGUUUCUUCAGGAAGGAAGAGAUCUUUAUUCGAUUCACCGACCGGGACUCAGAGGGACUUAUGUCACCAAAAACAGCAAAGAUCUGAGCACUGAAUACAUAGAGUACAUUCCUUAUAUAGCACUGUAGCUCCUCCCAUAAUUAGCUAUGCCCACACAUACCCUUAACCUAAUCAAUGAAUAGAGUCUAAACUCAUCCAUCCGGUCUAACCACGUGGCUCAUCUGAAACAAAGGAGAGGGAUGCGUAAUUCCAGUUCCUGCAUUCCUGCACAUGCUCAGUACAGUGAUGACAGUAUCUUAGCUACGUGUAACUAACUGAUACUUCAAACACAUGUACCUACAUAUGCCUUGGGGUAAUCUUGGCCUGCUAAACUUGUAUUUUACUGGAAUUCCAUCACAGCCCUAGUCACACUGCUCUUUAUGGAGUUACACAGCUUUCCUAAACACUUCAUGUAAAGAGACAUCUGAUGUUUACACUUCCUUUCUUGUAAAUUCAGUUUAACUUACAAUUUCUUAUUCCCUGCUCUGUUAAUAGGCUUCUAGACCCUGCAGGACCUGUGUUUGUGAGUAGUUACAUUUACAGAGCAGGAGAUAAAAAAAUGUCUAAAGCAAGUUGGCAUCUGAUUAAAAAAAAUUAAACCAUGUUUUCCUUGCAGGCUGUGUCGGUCACAGACAGGGAAGGCAUGGCAAGGGCUAAGUAAAUAGAAACUCUCCCUCCCUCCCCCCUCUCUCUCUCUCUCUCCCUCCCCCCCCUCUCUCUCUCACAACCCCCCAAUGGUCGUGUAUGUGAUCAUAAAUUGCAUAAACCUUCCACAACGUCAAUGUACCCUAUUCUUGUGUAGCUCCUGCUCUUAUGAUAUUUUUAAUCCACUUGCUUGGGAAAUGCUUCCUCCUGGUACUCUGUGCAGUGCAAUGUUAACUAGGGCCCUGGAAUAAUGCACCUGUGACAGGAAGUAUAUCCAUCCAAGAAGGCAGCAUUCACCUGAACAUUGAUAUGCUAUAAGAGUGCUGCUGGGUUCAAUUCAUAAAACAUUCAAGAUUGAGCGCACUCAUUCACUAAACAACAAUUUUUCUCUUUUCAGGUACACACCUGUGGGACGUUCUUUCUUCUCUGCUCCUGAAGGCUAUGAUCAUCCUCUGGGAGGUGGGAGAGAAGUAUGGUUUGGUUUUCAUCAAUCUGUUCGUCCUGCCAUGUGGAAAAUGAUGCUAAACAUUGAUGGUGAGUUUUUUUUUUUUUUUUGGUUAAGCUCUUAAACUUCUGAUCAUAUAUUGUGCAAAGGGUGUCUUUAAAUAUGUCAAGGUUGUCCCCCCAGGCCCUCUCCAUCCUUUAUAAAGGAAUAAUUGGUAACACUACAAAUCCCACACAAGGUACUUUUUUUAGUGUCUGUCUCACACCCCCAUCAUAAACACAACGUGAAUAAGUAAUUUCCAAUUAAAUCAAAUUCCCUGCAUACCUAGGUCUGUAGUCAGUCAAAGCUUCUGUAUUUUGUGCAGCCAACUGACACAGUCAACAAGCAUCUCUGCCUUUUUCUUUGUAUAUCAAAGCUCUGGAAUAGAUCAUCACAGUACUUUGUUAUAGUUGUCCAAGCUGGAGAUUAAUGUUUUAGUUCAGCUCUCAAUGAAUUAAAGGAAUGCUUUAAAAUAAUACAUAUAUUAUGUGAUCAGAUGUAUUCCUUGCUAGGCUUAGAUUAGGGACUGCUCCCCUUUUAUUUUUAAAAAAACAAGUCAACUUGCCUUUAAUUCAGCGCUAAGACAGUCUUUUCACAGCAAUCUGAUCUGCCUAAAAUGAGAUCCUUAAUCAUAUCCUUGGCAGCAGAUGCUCCACAUAGAAAAAAAAAAAACCAAACAUUGAGGACCAUAAUUGCUUCUGUGGCAAUCACUGCGAUCUGCCAAUCUAAUGCUUCUCUGUAACGCACAAACUCCAGUGCAUUCAGUGGUCUCUGGUUAUAUCAUACUGUUCUUCAAUGGUUUUCUGUUAAAAUGUGGGAUGGAACCUGGGGAGCUAUAAAUGAUUGGGUUGCAUAUUUUGCAAUAAGCUUUGAACCAGAAAGUUACUCACUUAAAAGGGCACUCGAAGCAAAGAAUGGGAGCUUGCAGCAGAUUCUAUAACUUUAAUUGUGAGUGCUUUUAAGUUUGCAGUAGUCGGACUGUAUUGUAAACGGCUAAAUGUUGUGGAAGGAUAUUUCACUUGGAAUGUAGACCCAAUAUUAAACGUAUAUAAAAACAGCACAAGUGCAAUGUAAUUAGGCCUCUGGAUCGUCCUCUUGUUGUGUUUUCACAUGCUCAUUCAUCCAUGCUGGCUAAUGUCAGAUUCCUGAUGCUUGUUAUGUGGAAAUUUUAGUAAUGACCGCAGUUGUUUUUAACAUAAAAUAACAUGUGGAAUUAUAUCAUUUGAAAAUAGCUAAUGGGUGUUGGCACAGAGUGCUUAUGUAUAGCAUGCCGCAAUAUUUCACAACACAGGUUUUAAAGGAUUACUCCUACCCUUUAUGACACUAAUUUGGUUUUGAUUUACAAGGCAAAAAUAACACUUGUGUGGUCUUAUCAUAAGCGUCUGAUGCUCAUGAAUGUGCAGUGUUUCAUGCACAAAUGCUGCACAUUCAGACCUCUUCCACCAUGACCACUUCAAAUCUCUAUUGUGGUUGGAGUAACACUUUAAAAAUGGUUAACCGACAAAGGAGAAUGUGGUUUAAGAGAUGACUGUGUCCCUGCUCAAAUGAGUUUACAAUGUAUAGGGAAGUUUGCUAUUUAUUUGUCUCCGUUAGAUUUACAUCAGUCUAAGUUAGGAGCACGUUAUCACAUGUAGCAGUCAGAUUAAUUUAAGGAAGACCAUUUCUGUGUGAGAAAGUUGGGUAAUGGGAGGUGGAUGACGUUAAGGGGAAAACAAUUGCGCUUUAAGGUAUGACAACACUACUUCUUUGAUAAACUGAUUUAUCCCCACCUGAAUGGGUGAAUAUUUAUUUUCAUUCACCUGCUUCUGUCUAACAGUACAACAAAUAUUUCAGAAGUACAGGCAUGUUGAAGUAUAUACAGAGAAUACGGUCUGACGACUUGUUUCACAUUUGGCCCAUCAAUUAUCUUUUUUUUUCAGUUUCUGCGACUGCCUUUUAUAAAGCACAACCUGUUAUCCAGUUUAUGUGUGAAGUUCUGGACAUCCAUAACAUCGACGAACAACCACGAGCUCUGACAGAUUCUCAUCGGGUAAAAUUUACAAAAGAAAUUAAGGGUAAGUGAAAGAUUGUUUCCAGGUGACUUUAUGUGCUCAAUUACUAUUUUCCUGCAAGGGGGAAUUGUAACUGUCACAUUACAGGAUUGUUGAUCUUUACUUAUGACUAUUUUCAACAAAAUUAUGGAUUUGUGGUGUGUGAUAAACAAAAUGUAAAUGAAUUUCUAUAUCAUGCCCUUGCAGUCUAACUGCUCAUGUCUCUGCCAUGUAGGAGUUAAAUAACCUUGUUUGUACUGCCCUAGUCACACCUACCCUGCAUAUGACCUACAGUGUCAUACAUAUUUCCUGUAAAGAGAGAUCUAAUGUUUAAGCGGUCUUUAUUACACAGUCAGUUUAAUAUAGAAUUUAUCUGCUUUUAAAUAUCAUGAAGGAGCCUGCUGUGUGUGACUCAAGGUUUUUUUUACAUCUUAAAAUAAGCACAGUGCUGUCACAUGUAAAUUAUUAUUUAUUUAUUUUUUUUUCUUGUUGGCAAUUUGAGUCACAGCCAGGGCAGGUGUGGCUAGUGCUGCUUAAACAGACAUAAAAGUAACUGAAUUCCUAAAUGGCGGAAAACUAAGAAAUGAAACUACGGGGACCUGAUCUAUACUCUAAAAUUGAUUCAUUAAACUUAAGUUAUUUUGGUGCUUAGUUUCCCAUUAAUGUUAAAGGGAUUCUAUAGUCCUCAAAUCAACUUUAGCUUAAUAAAGCAGUUCUGGUAUAUAGAUGAUGCCCCUGCUGUCUCACUGCUCCAUUCUCUGCCAUUUAGGAGUUAGGUCACUCUGUUUAUGCAGCACCUCCAUGCAUGUGACUUACACAGGCUUCCUAAACACCGUAAAAUGCAUUUAUUGCAAGUUAUGUUUAAUUUCGAAUUUCUUAUCUCCUGCUCUAUUAAUAGCUUGCUAGGCCCUGCAUGAGCCUCCAGUGUGUGUUUAAAGUUCAAUUUAUAGAGCAGGAGAUAAAACUUAAGUAAGUUAACAUUUGAUUGUUUUCAUGCAGUUUGUGUCUGUCGCAGUCAGGGGAGGUGUGGCUAAGACUGCAUAAACAGAAACAAGAGUGAUUUAACUCCUAAUUGGUAGAGAAUUGAGCAGUGCAACUUUAGAGGCAUGAUCUAUACAAAAAAAAAAAUGCUUGAUUAGGCUACGGUUGUUUUGGUGAUUAGUGUACCUUUAAGUGUGUGUGCCUGUAAUACAUGCUAAAUGUUUAUAUACUGUUAUUUUGGUGAAUGAAAAAUUGAGUUACACAUUUAACCCCUUAAGGACACAUGACAUGUGUAACAUGUCAUGAUUCCCUUUUAUUACAGAAGUUUGGCCCUUAAGGGGUUAAGCAGUCUUCUGAUAAACACUUAUUGAAUAUUUUAGCUCUUUCUAUUCACUUUACUUAAAGGAACACUAAAAAAAAUUAACUACUCAAGUAACCCUCCUCCACCUGUAUGUAGUAGCCUUUUGCUAUUGACUCAUUGGCUGAGAACAAUCAACUGAUACCACCAGCCUAUAAGCUGGCCCAAGAGGGUUACCGAAGGGUCUAUGCAAGCUUCUGGCUCUCAAAAAAAAAAAAGUGACUGGCAGGCUCUAGGUUAGAAUUUAAACUGUUGGCAAACAAUUUGACUAUUUUAAUUGUGGCUCCAGGGUGCUUCUGGCACCAUAACCACAAUGGUGCACUGUAGUUAUUGUGGUGUUUGGAGUGUUCCUUAAGUAAAACGCACAGGUUUUCAUAAUCCCAGACUGGCAAAACAUGGAGAGCAGAAGAGAGAGACAUGCAUACACCACACCCCAUUAGAAAUGGAACAGCCCAGUACAACUUUAGAUACCUACCAGUCUUUUAAUUUUUGCUUUUCUCUCCUUUUUGCUAGCAGUGACCUCUCUCCCCCAUCUUCUUCUUUUAAAGCUCACUUCUGCCAUCCCAAUCAGUUUGUGACCCUUGGUUUGUCAUUUAUUCUGGACCUAAUUUCUCUACCUAAGUUUGACUACUACUUUCAUGUCUUGCAUCCCUAGUUUUAGAAUUUCUCAAACCAUUUAAUCCACCCUGGUUUGUGUCCCCUGUCUUGCAUGCUGCCUAUUGUAUUCCUUUUUAGUUUGCACAGGCAAAUCUGUUCUGGAAGCAUACUGAAGAAUUCAAUACGCAUUGACAUCAGUUUGUCUGGUGCAGUGAUGUCAGUGCGCAGGCCACCUAUGUUUGUACAGUGGGCUUUUUAUAGGCAACUUUAGUUAAGAAUGGAUAUAUUGCAGAGCUUGACUAACAAGGGCCUAUCCUGGAUCUCUGUUUCCAAUACUGGCUGCAUUACUUUUGUGCCUCAGAACUGAGGUGGUCAGUGGUAGUUUUGCAGUCUGUGAGAUGACAACCUUUUGCUUUGCCACAACAAAUAUGCUUUCAUUGACCAAAGUAACAGGGGACACUUUUUAUGGUAUGUUAUUCAAUGUAGUUUCUUUUCUUCACUUUAUUUUAGAUACGCUUUUUUCUCUCUUUUUAAAUAAAAUUUGAACUAUAUAAUCUUUAGUACUUACUUUGUGAACCAAUUUAACUAUACUGCCUCUACUCUUGAUGAACAUUCACAAUGUCUGCUUACUUUGUGUAUGAGCAGUAGGUUUACAUUCUCUGUAAUUCGGUAAUGCAGCUGGAUUGAGUGCUUUUUAUUUUCUGUCGGUGUGACCUUUUGUAUGCUUGGCACAGGUCUGAAGGUCGAAGUUACUCAUUGUGGAACAAUGAGAAGAAAAUACCGUGUCUGCAAUGUGACCAGGAGAGCCACCAGCCAUCAAACGUAAGGCCCAUCCUAUUUUGUUCCCUGCUUAUUAUAAUAAUAAAGAUACCAGUAUCUGAUAUGUCAAAACAUAAAUAGUAGAUAUUUUGAUUUUUAGAUGAUUAGAUACUUUAAAGGGACACUCUAGACACUAUAGGCAUUUAUUGAAGUGGUCUGGGUGCAGUGUCUCUGUCCCCUUUACCCUGCAACGUAAAGCAUUGCAGUUUUAGACAAAGGUGAUUUUAACAAUGUAUUCACCGGUGGGGGAACACUGAGGAAGGAGGACACAAGUGAUAGGAACAUUUGCGAACAUUUUUUAAAAUGGAAAGCCAAUAAACAUACUGUAGCAUUGUGAUAAAUGUUGAAAUUUGCCCCCCUUCCUCUACUUUCCCUUUGCGACAGAUUUUACAAUGAUGCCAACGGUUAUAGAUUCAUGAAGAGACAUAUCUGUACAAAUGCACACUCAGGAGCUGGCAUCUACAGUGCAGGCAAACAUUUGUGUAUUUAAUCUGUACAGCUGCUUGCAUACCUAUUGUUUUCUUGUGAAAGUAGUACUGUCCAGGGUUGUGUAGCAUGUGGUCAUUUGGUUAGAUGUUCCAAAAAGCUUCCCAUAUUUAGAUCCAGUUACUCCCGUUGUAUUUGAAAUGAGUUCUUUCUCCACAGCUUCCCUUUACAGUUGGAGAAUGGACAGACGGCAGAAAGGACAGUUGUUCAGUACUUUAAGGAAAAGUAUGGCCUACAGCUAAAGUACCCUCAUCUGCCCUGUUUACAAGUUGGACAGGAGCAGAAACACACAUACCUGCCUCUAGAAGUAAGUAAUACAAUAUUGACUUAAAGCUUAGUGGUUGAGUAAUGUAUGAGCUUCAUCCAGGCACUGUGCCAUUCAGAGACCGGAUCACAUAGCAUUUUACCACAUUAUUACUGUUCAGCAUUGAGUGUAAUUUGUAUUUUGAAAAGUGGUUUAAAAUCAUAUUCAUGAUGGUGAAAAUAUGCAUCAUCUUAAAUCCUCUCCGUAAGGACUACACAAUAUUCUUCAACCCGGAAAUCAACCAUAUCGCCCUGGUAAGCUAAUUUAAUCACUUCUUCGUUACACACAACACUUUUUAAAAAAAUAUAUUACACACAAAAAUAUGCCUGCAAUAUUUAAUUAACACACAACUCAGAAUGUAACCCAAAAUAAAUAUAAGUGGAGCAGUAUUAUUUAGUGGAUAUUCCCCACACCAAAAAAUAAAGGUAUGUUAUCCUUGUAUGUCUAUAAGCGGCAUCUUCAAUCACUCAGCCAACUCAGUGAUACAUAUAUUGAAAAAAAUUUGAUAAUUUCAAUGGUAGUAAAAUGCCCACACUGAAUGAAAUCUUGAAUAGAAUUUUACGGAUACAUAUAUUCAAACCCAUAUCUGCAAACAUUUCAGUUAUUUAUCGGCCCCCUGGUUCUCCUCAUCUCUUCCUUGACCAUAUUGCUGCCUGGCUUCCUUACUUUCAAGGGUUAUCACAUCCCUAAGUCUCGGUGAUUUCAACAUUCCCAUUAACCCACCCUUGUCCUCAGCCUCAAAACUUAUUUGAAUCACCUCCUCCUUUGGGCUAUCACAGUGGGCUAUUCUCCCACACAUGUAGCUGGCAAUACCCUAGAUCUUAUUAUUUCAAAUGCAUGCUCAGUCUUUAAUCUCUGUAAUACUCCAUUUUCUCAAUCAGUCGACCACCCCCUAUCAUUUGUUCUUGAGUGCCCCCACACCCAAUAUCCUAAACCUAACUCCACUCAUCUCAGGAGGAAUUUUAAUUCUCUUGACCUCCAGCAGCUCUCGACUGAUAUCCAUUCUGAACUCUCAUCCAUCCCUACCCUCUCCUGUCUCUCUCUGGCGAUCUCCUCAUACCCUCACCCCUGCCCUAGACGCUGCAGCCCCACUCCAAGCACGCACUUCAAGGAGGACGCGCCUCCAGCCAUGGCACAAUAAGUCAACCCGCUACCUGCAGAGAUGCUCCCGUUCAGCUGAACGCUGCUGGAGGAAGUCUCCUUGUCAGACUUUCAACACUAUAAGUUAAUCUUGCAUUCAUGCAGCGCAGCCCUCACCCUUGCUAAACAGUCCUUCUUUUCUUCUCUCAGUUCAUGCUCCCGUAAUCCUAGGCUUCGCCCUGCUGUGGCCACCCCACAAACGAAUCUUUCAGCCGAUAGCUUUGCAUGUUACUUUACUGACAAGAUUAAACAGUUAAGGAAUUAAUUCUUUCCCCCCUUCUCCCCUCUCUAUCUUAACCUCAGUUUGACUAUACCAUCCCUACCCUCCAUGCCUUCUCUCCAUUUACUGAACAUGAGGUGGCUGCACUUCUGCUUUCCUCUCGUCCCACCACGUGUCCGCUCCAUCCCAUCCCGUCCCACCUCAUCAUAUCUCUCGCCCCUUGUCUGGUGCAGUCAUUAAUGCACAUCUUCAACUGCUCUUUCUUUUGGUGUUGUCCCAGCUCCCCUUAAACAUGCUACUAUUGUACCUGUCCUCAAAAAGCCAUCUCUUGACCCUACUUCCCAUAUCCCUGCUCCCUUUCUCCUAAAAGCUUUUGGAAAGACUUGCCUUUACCUGUGUCUUGCUUUCUCAACUCCAACUCUCUUCUUGACCUUCUUCAGUCUGGAUUCUGCCCCCUCCACUCCACAGAGAUUGCUCUGACUAGAGUUACAAAUUAUCUAAUUGCAGCUAAAUCCAAAGGCCACUACUCCAUACUAAUUCUUCUUGAUCUCUCAGCUGCCUUUGACACGGUUGAUCAUGGCCUCCUUCUCCUAACUCUUCAAUCUCUUGGUUUCUGUAACACAGCCCUCUCAUGGUUCUCUUACUAUCUCUCCCAACACUCCUUCAGUGUCUUUUUCCAACACCUCUCCUCGUCCUGUCUCCGUCGCUGACGACACCCAGAUAUACCUCUCAUCCCCUGACCUCUUCCCUGCUGUCAUACAUGUCACCAACUGCCUUUCUUCUAUCUAUGACUGGAUGUCCUCACGCUUUCUAAAAACGCAAUCUCUCCAAAACUGAGCUCCUUAUCCUCCCCCCCCUCAUAAUGCUGAUCCUCCUCCUUCGCUUUCCCUGAAAGUUGAUGGUACUUGCAUCAGUCCAUCCUUGCAAGCUCGUUGUCUUGGUGUUCUCUUUGAACCUGGCCUCACCUUUGCGCCUCAUCCAGAAUGUUGCUAAAAUCUGUUGAUUCCAGCUUAAAAACCUUGUCCGCAUACACCCUUUCUUAUGCAAGAAGCUUGUUCAUGCUCUAGUAAUUGGUCUCCCCAGAAGCCGUACUGCCCCCCUUCAAUCUGCCAUAAAUGCUGCUGCCAUGCUGAUCUUUAUCUCAUGUAGCUCCUUACACUGGCUUCCUGUAAAAUACUAAUCCUUACCUAUAAAGCUCUAGCCCCCCUUAUAUUUCCUCACUGAUUCAUAGGUAUGCCCCCUCUCUGUCUCUCUGCUCUACUGGUGACCUUCUCCUGUCUGCUGCUUGCACCCUUACUGCAAAUUCAUGCCUGCAAGUUUUUUCAUGGGUUCCUUUUGAACAACCUGCCUACCGAUGUCAGACUCUCCCCUAGUCUUCGAUCCUUUAAGAAGUCCCUCAAAGCCCAUCAUGCUUAUGGCCUCCAGGAGUAACUUCUAUCUCUUAAACGUUCCUCUUGCUCUCUUCUAAAGGGCCACACUUCACUCUCAUCUCCAGUUCUUCUUUCCUACCACGUCUAUUUGCUGUCUCCCUCAAUACCCUUUCUUUAGUGGUUUUAUACCCCACCUCCUCUAGACUGUAAGCUCGUUUGACCAGGGUUCUCAACUACCUAUUGCUUACAUUUUGUUAUUGUCUCAUUUGGUAAAUCCCCCUCUUAUUGUAAAGCGCUGCGGAAUAAGCUGGCGCGAUCUAAAUAUCAAUAAUAAUAAAAAAGGAUAGAUGUUAAUAUAUUCAAUCAAAUAAACCCCUUUAUAACAUAAAACCAAUAUAUUAAGCACACAAAAAACACUUCUGCUUAAAGGAAAGCGUGGUGAGCAAACAUUAAAUUCCACACUAUUCACAAACUGGCUUAAUCACUCAGAACCUAUUCGGUCCUGUGCUCAGGAAUACACCGGUCCGCUCAGCUGUCCUUACAGCACUAGAUGCGGCUUACUCCUGAUGAUUUUGCCGGUUCCUUCUGUGUUACACCGCCUUGCGUCUCUCCAUUUUGCCGGUUACUUCUGGCUUCCUCAGGACAUAAAGGCCCUUCUCCAAGAAGGAGAAAGCAACAUUAAGGGCGCAAAUGGUAAUGAUGCGAUUGCCUUCAUUGGUGCGUUUGCCAAUCCUUCAGUUACAUAUUGCCAUAUGACUGCAGGUUUUUUUUUUAGUCCAUGUUCACAAAUAAUACAACAGUGGUGAAUCACCACAAGUUAGCAGGGUGAAUUAGUCAUAAUUCGUUCGUACUUGAGAACAGAAAUAUAUAGUUUAAUUGCACAUACACAUAUAUUGCACAUCAUUGUUUAACUUGAUAAAAGAAAGUCUCCGCUUAUGUUUAUACAGUAACAAAAACGUACCCAGCUCAAUAAAAAUACCAUUAUAAAUAUCCAUACAUAAUCUGUUUUAAAAAUAUUUAAAACAUAUUUACUUUGUAAUUUACUAAUAAAAGAUCAGCAAUUGCUUAAAUGAAGAUAGCAUAAUUUAAUUUAAAUAUAGAUGGAAAUAAAAUAUUUUAAUUUAAAAAUCAUUAGUCCGUUUGGGACCAAAGUAUUCAAUUCAAAUAUCCAUUUCAUUUCUGCCUGUCCCAGCUUUUGAUUAAAAUCACCUCCUCCCCAUUACCUUUUAAUCCUUAGAAUACCUAUAAAAUCCACAUUAUAGUUAUCCCUAAAGUGCAGUGAUACUUGAUUCUGUGCGCAUUAACCUUGUGGUACGACAUAUAUAGUUUAGCCCACAUGGACAUGUAAGCAUGUAUGCAACAUUUCGAGAAUUAAGUUAUUCCAUCUCUAAUAGUAUAAAUAUUAGCAGUAAAUUCUCUAAAGCCUUUUUUUUCCCCCUUUGUAUUUUGCGGUAUAACUACCACAUUAAAAAAAAAAAGAAAAUUAACCCAAAAAGUUUUUUUUUUUUUUUUUUUUUUUUAUUUUUUUUUAUAUUGUCCAUAGGUUUCUCUAAAAUAUUAUCUGUUAAAUAUUUUAAUUUGGCUACCCCCUGUAUUAUCCUUGGUUUCCUUUAAGAUCGGGUCACUUAGUAAUAAAUGCCAGUAAUUAUUAUAUUUCUUACUUUGUUGUUGUGACCUUCGGAGAAUUGACAAGUAAAAGGAAUUCCAUUGCUACACUUCUAUUUUAUUUUUAUAAUCUAGUAACUUUGUUUGAUCCAUUGUUUGUAUGUCUUUGGUAGCUGUAAUUAAAAUAUUUUCACUCUAACCUCUAUCUUUAAAAUACGAAAUCACUCUCCUACGUUUGUGUGCAUACAUUGAUAAGCCGCCAAAUUAAAACCACCUGCCCAAGAGCAUGUAGGUCCCCCUUGUGCUGCCAAAACAGCCCUGAUGCAUAACGGCAUGGUUCCACAAGACCUCUGAAAUUGUCCUGUGCUAUCUGGCACCAAGACAUAAAUAAAAUUGUAACUUCUAAAUGAAAGUACUGAGACAUCAAGAGCACACCAAAUCAAACUCAUUAAGCUUAACUUGCUCUGGUUCUUACGAUGUCAUUUUUACCUAUGUUGAUCAAAACUGUUGGUUGUCCCUUAGUAAACAGAAAUGGAGCCGAAGAAAGUUUAACAAACAUACCAGGUACCUGUGAUUUCAAUGAAAUUCACACUUGGUUUUUGAUUACUUUAUGUAUAUGAUGGUUGGAAUGGCUUUCUAACACUGCCAUUGCAGGUGGACAUAAAACCCACAAACAACUUUUAGUCUCACUGUGUUUCUGACUAUAUAAAUGAAGAAAAAAAUAAGCUUUUAGUUAAUGGCUCUUUUAAAAGGCCUAAUAAUUUUAUCAUCUUGUAUUGGUGUCUGCUGUUUGUUAUACUGCACUGCUAUUCUGUAAAUUUAUAAUAUUCUGUAUAGUUUCCUUUUUUCUCUCUAUGAUUUAAGUUAUGCCUUUAGAUUAUUAUUUUUCACUUUCAAUUUCUAUAUUUUCAGGUCUGUAACAUUGUGGCUGGCCAGCGAUGCAUCAAGAAGCUGACUGACAAUCAGACAUCCACCAUGAUCAAGGCUACAGCCAGGUCUGCUCCAGACAGGCAGGAGGAGAUCAGCCGGCUGGUGAGUGUUGCGUCUCAGUACCUUUUUAUUUUAAAUAAUAGUUUAUAAAUUACCGGUACUUUAUUCUUUUAAUCAAAUAUAAAUGCUUUGAGGUAGGAUUUGAUUUUAAAUAGUGGUUUUAAAUCACAAGUCAAUGAGAUUCAAUUUAAACGAUCUUCAAAUCUUGGUUGUUAUAAUCUUUAGUAUUUUCAAUCAGCUAAAAAAAAAUCAUGCUUGGCAUAAGAACCUUUUGGAUUAUAUAUCAGAACUGAUUUUGUUCUAAACCAUUAUAAAUACAUAGAUGCUGUUAUUAUUGCAAGGAGAACCAUGUCCUUUUAUAUUUAGUGAACGACUUAAAUUGUUUUAUUUAGCUAAAACAAUAGUUGUAUUUCCUUUAACUUUAGUGUUCACUAAAGAUAUUACACAAUAUGUUGGGGGGAUCUUGAGCUUAAAUGGUUUGUCCUCUUAUCUUGGUCCUAAUUGGGAGCCAAGCCUUCUCUGGUUCUUGGUGAUAUGAAUCUGGCUUCUGAAUAGCUGCAGAAAACUGCCAAUCUCACUCUCGGUGAAUAACUUUUUAUGCAAAGAAUAUGCAUAUUAUGUGACCUUAGAAAGACUGGAUCUCUGCCUCAUAUUGAAACACUGCACACAGACUCCAAGCACCAUGGCCUCUUAUCACUGAAGCCAUUUGAGAGGGAAACAAAUUCAGUGGCUGUUUAAUAUAAAGUUACUCCCUAAUAGGAACUACUUUGAGCUGCUCCUUCACUGUCUCUGCUAAUUCUCUUUUCAGGUUCGAAGUGCAAAUUAUGAUGCUGAUCCUUUUGUACAAGAGUUUCAGUUUCGAGUCCGAGAUGAGAUGGCCCACGUGACGGGGAGAGUACUUCCUGCCCCCAUGUUACAGUAUGGAGGAAGAGUAUGUGAAAUUUUGGUAUUUUACCUUUUCUGCUACUAA